CCUCAAUCUGCAUAUACUGUAUAUUCAAAGAGCAGCACUCGCUCCAAGUUCCGCGUUGGCUACCGAACUCGUAUCAAGUGAACAAAACAGACUUUUUAUUAACCAAAGUCCCUACACCGACAAUAAUACCUCUUUAACUUAUUACGUCCAUGUGACUAUGUGAGAAUUUGCUCUUCUCUUUUAAACUCCGUAUUCACGCAGUCUUGUGCCAAAACGACCAGUCCUCUUCAGCAGCCGCAAUACUAGUGUGGCCAAAAAUUGACACGCUUUCAUUAGCGCUCACCAAUCGUUACAGACUUUCCAAGGCGGUUACCUCUUCAGUAUUACACAGAUUCUGUCACGGUGCCUUUCGGAAAGGUAAUCGGUUUUUUCCCCCCUUUUUCACUUGGGAGAGGUGCUUUGCUCCCAUCCAGAAAGCAUCCCGCUGUUAUCUUUUUCCCUCUCGCCACGCAACACCUUGGCAGCUCACCGAAAACUGUCACUGGAGUCUGGGUGGAUACGAGGUCUGCUCCACGCCCACCGCUGUACCAUUGGCUAGCGGCGGUAGUUAAUUUAUUUCACUCUGUAGUACUCGCACAUUGGGUAGUAAGACAGGUUAGAAUUAGGCAGCGCAAGGUGCUGUCUCAGCGAGCGAACUAUGCGGGAGGGAUACUGCUGUUGAUUCAGCUAUUUUGUUAACCCAAGGAAGCCAGAGAGCGAGCGAGCGAGCGAGUGAGAGAGACUAUCCAGUGUCUUAAAAACAACAACAGGGGAACCUGUUACUGUCACAUCGCCAGUGAUGAUUACCCGUUGAAUAAAGAUCUUCGCGUUUUACUUGGUGAAGACGGAAAGAACAGCAGCAAUGGGAACAUUUUCAAAAGGACGUUACUUCUCUCUGGUCAUCCUCUUUUCCCUUGGCGUCGGCAUCACAGGUACAGCCACUAAAGGAAGUGAAAGCAGUGAUGCCCUUCCAGAUUCCAUUCCAUCUGUUCCUGGGACACUUCCACACUUCCUUCAAGAGCCAGAAGAUGCCUACAUCAUCAAGAGCAACCCCAUUAAGCUGCAGUGCCGUGCCAUGCCUGCAUUGCAGAUCUUUUUUAAAUGCAACGGCGAAUGGGUUCAUCAGAAUGAACAUGUCUCAGAGGAGAGUAUUGAUGAAAGCACAGGCCUGAAGAUCCACGAAGUGAUGAUUAAUGUGUCCCGACAGCAGGUUGAAGAUUUUCACGGGCCAGAAGAUUACUGGUGUUUAUGUGUCGCCUGGAGUCACCUGGGUACAUCAAAAAGUCGCAAGGCCACAGUCCGAAUAGCAUACUUGCGGAAGAAUUUUGAGCAGGACCCUCAGGGAAAAGAGGUGCCCCUCGAGGGCAUGAUUGUGUUGCACUGCCGUCCCCCAGAGGGAGUGCCUCAGGCAGAGGUGGAAUGGCUGAAGAACGAGGAGCCAGUGAGCUCUCUAAAAGACGACAACAUUGACACAAGAGCAGAUCACAACCUCAUCAUUAAUCAGGCAAGGUUGUCUGAUUCUGGAAACUAUACAUGUCUGGCGAGCAACAUCGUAGCUAAGAGACGGAGUGCAACAGCGACUGUGGUGGUGUAUGUGAAUGGUGGCUGGUCCUUGUGGACAGAGUGGUCUGCCUGCAACGUGCGCUGUGGGAGGGGUGUACAGAAACGUUCUCGCACCUGUACCAACCCAGCCCCUCUAAAUGGGGGGGUGUUCUGUGAAGGCAUGUCCAUGCAGAAAAUAACCUGCAACUCCUUGUGUCCAGUGGACGGUGGGUGGGACGCGUGGAGUGAGUGGACGGUGUGCAGCGCGGAGUGUGAGCACCGGCGCAGGCGGGAGUGUACGUCGCCUUCUCCGAGACAUGGGGGAAAGGCCUGUGAGGGUCUGGGCCAGGAGGCGGAGAACUGCACUGACGGGCUGUGCACACAGAAUCGAAAGCUGCUACACGACAUAAAGCCUCAGAGUAUGGAAGGCACCAGUGAUGUAGCCCUGUACUCAGGCCUUGCUGCCGGGGUUACUGCCGUUGCGGUCCUGGUGGUGGCAGUGACGCUGUACCGGAAGAGCCAGAGCGAGUAUGGGGUAGACGUCAUCGACUCCUCUGCCCUGACUGGAGGUUUCCAGUCCUUCAACUUCAAGACCACCCGGCAAGGCAAUCCUCUGCUUUUGAAUUCCUCUAUGCAACCAGACCUCACAGUCAGUCGAACAUACAGUGGACCUAUCUGCUUUCAAGACCCCAUGGAUAAGGAGCUGAUGACGGAGUCCUCUCUGUUUGACCCCUUGCCUGACAUCAAGGUGAAAGUUCAGAGUUCGUUCAUGGUGUCGCUAGGUGUGGCAGACCGGGCGGAGUACCAUGUCAAGGCCCAUCCUGAGACCUUCCCCAGGGGGCUCAACAGAGACUACAACACAGUGGAUGGGCGGAAAAAAAAUCUGCUGACCCCCAACCUCUCCGCUGUGCCCUCCAAACCUGAACUCAGAACUGUGGGCAUAUUCGGGCAUCUGGGCGGUCGUCUAGUGGUCCCAAACACAGGAGUUAGCUUGCUGGUACCCCAUGGGGCGAUUGCAGAGGACGCUUCCUGGGAAAUGUACAUGAUCAUCAAUCAGGAGGAGUCGAGUGUGCAGUCAGACGACAGCUGUGAGAUACUUUUAGGCCCUGAAGUGACCUAUGGGCCACCAGGCCUUUCCUUUUCCUGCCCAGUUGCCAUGACGAUAGCCCACUGUGCAGAGGUGAAUAUGGAACACUGGAACAUUCGUCUCAAGAGGCAGACGCAAGAUGAUAAGUGGGAGGAAGUGAUGUCAGUGGAAGACGAGACAACGUCCUGUUACUGCCUCAUGGACUCCCAUAGCUGCCACCUGUUGCUGGACCAGCCUGGCACGUAUGCUCUGGUGGGGGAACCACUCACAGACUCAGCUGUGAAGAGGCUGAAGCUGGCAGCUUUUGGAAGCAUGUCUAGCAACUCAAUGGACUACAGCCUCCGGGUCUACUGUGUGGAUGACACCCCUCAUGCCUUCCAAGAGGUAGCUGCUGCCGAAAAGAGUCGAGGCGGACAACUAGUGGAAGAGCCCAAGACACUGCUGUUCAAAGCUAACACCUUCAGCCUCCAGGUGUCUAUCCAGGACGUCCCACAGUUUUUGUGGAACAUCAAGCCCUUCACCACUUGUCAGGAAUUCCCUUUUUCUCAAGUGUGGUGCAGCAACCAGCAACCCCUGCACUGUGCCUUCUCUCUGGAGAGAUAUAGUCCAGCCACUACCCAGCUGUCCUGCAAGAUUAGCGUGCGACAGGUCAAAGGUCAUGAGCAGAUCCUUCAGGUCUACACAUCUGUCGUUGAGAGUGAAAAGGAAACCGUUCCAUUCUUCACACAAGCGGACUGUACUGUGACCUCUCAGACUGGCCCAAAAGCCUUCAAAAUCCCCUUCUCCAUCCGGCAAAGGAUCUGUGCCACUUUUGACACUACUAAUGCAAAGGGCAAAGACUGGCAGCUUUUAGCACAGAAGCUUCACAUUGAGAGGAACCUGUCCUACUUUGCCAAGCAGAAGAGUCCAUCAGCAGUAAUCCUAAACUUGUGGGAAGCCCGGCACCAGGAUAAUGGAGACCUGGACUCACUGGCAAGUGCCCUGGAAGAAAUCAGCAAAAUCCACUCGAAAAGCCCUGUGAACACUGAGGGCCAAGUGGAAAACACAGAGUUCAGCUACGCGGGCUAGAGCUCGGGGGAGUGGUGGGUGUGAGCCGGGGAAGGUUGAAGUAGAGUGAAAUCCACUAACUCUGGCAGCUGUCCCUAUCGCCUGAGACGGCUUGGACUACUGAAUAUAGCGCUGAGAAGAGCAGAAGAAAAUUCUGUGAUUUAAAAGAUUGAAAGUAGGGCAUGCUGAAGAGCCAGGUUUGGUGACUGUCCUGCAGGGGGAGUGAGAGGUGCAUCUUGGGAGUGGUUUCUACUGUCCCUUGGAAGUGUGCGAGGAGCUAGGCUCAUCUACCGUGGAAGUAAAAGUCAGGCCCGUCUCCCCUGGUCAUCUCAUUUCUCCUCACUUACAGUACAGUAUUUGCCAGGGAGCAUCCCUUGAUAUUGUGUUGUUUCUGUCUGUUUUUUUUUAACUGCUCUUCAGCUUUCAACUUACCAAACAAAAUCCAUCUGGGGUGUUUCUGCAAAAAACCCUCAGGUCACCGUUAAUUCUGUUGACUGUCAAUUCCUAAAAAGAGUUGUCUGUAUGGGUAAAGGCAACAUGAGAACAUCACAUGGAAAAUAUUCACACUGUUGGUACCGACCAGACCUGUUGACCUUGGAAACAAGUUGUUGGCUUUCUGAAUGAUUUCUGUAGCUGUAGUGAAUAGCUUUUGUCGUAAAUUGCCAUCAUUUUACAAAUUGCGGGGUCUUGCUUUUAUUAAUAGAGCUAUGAUUUUAUAAUCUUCCCAAUUUAUUACAGAAAAGAUCUUCAGGAUUGGCAUAGAAGGAACUGUAUUACCAGAAAUGUUUGAAAAAGCUUUUUCUUUUUAUGAGCAUCAAUGCCAGUGAGGUGAAUGGCUUGUCAAUAAUAUGUUUUUAAAACUGGAAGAAAAAAAACACAGAUUUUGGGAGAAGGUGCAUAUUGUCAUUGUGUUUCAAACUAUUGUAUUUCACAACAGGGUUCUUUUGCCUACAGCUGUAAAAGUAACUGUUUAACAAUCAAUGGAAAACAGGUUGGAUUUAUGUGACACUUUUGCCUAUGCCUGAAAGUCAGAGAUUGUAUUUCUUUGAGUUUCACAUCCCUGUUUUUUUAAAUCAGCUUUGUUUAAAAAACAAACUCACUCCUGGUUACCCAAAGCUGUUAACACAAUUGAGUGAUCAAAUAAGUUCUUUUCAAUUGAUCUAGAAAGGGAUUGUUGGUCAUGUAGUGUGUUAAAAAGCCAUGAAACUCUUCAAAGCUGCCACUUAUCGGUGUGGAAGGUGUUAUUCAUUUGGCAGCACAGUUUGUCACAGCACACAAGAACCUGAUAUUUUAAAAAACAAGCAGUAGAGCCUUUGUGAAUGAAGUGUGGCCUGUUGAAAGAUAAAGCAGUCUGUGGGGAGCUUAUACUUCUGCACCCAAAUUUUCUAAACUUCACAUUUAGAACUUAGGAUGCACCUUACAAUUAAAAAUGUAGUGUGGGGUGCAAAGAAAAGAGGUGUGUUGAUCAGAUCGCAUGGGAGUGCUGUCCAUCAAACCAGCAGUUUUGUUGAUUUAACAGACGGAUGUUAUAGACUACACCAGUAUUUUCUGCAGUAUCUGCUUAGUUUACCACAGGACAAGCAAAGUCAUGGGGAGAUGCAAGGUGCCCUAUUGAUUGACACUGAAAUGAUUAGUAGUUUGUCCAUGGAUUGAAUUUCACAAACAUCUUGAUAGAACAUCUAACAACAUGUAUCGUUUAUCUUAAUGCAUGCUUUUUUAUUGUAUUCAUUUCCUUCUAGGGUUCAAAUGCAGAUUUCUGGUAAAUGUUACAUAGGGAAUAUGAGGGCCUGCAGACCAGACAAUGACCACAUGCUCACUUUGUGACACCCUGACAGUGCCUGACAAGAGAAUGAGCACCAAUAGGUGCUGACACCCAUCAAGUCUCAAUGUUUGUUUUUUUUGCCUGAAACUAAGAGGAAGGGGGCCCCAACUUUGAGUAACACUCAUUCUACCCUGGCAAUGUUUUGCCAACAGUUGGCUGCCAGUUGGCUACAGUUACUUAAUAACAUGACCCAAAAGAGCUUCAUCUGACCUUUAGUGUUUGACUUCAUUGGUAGUGUCACUCACACACCCAGCUUUUUUAUUUUGUUCCAUUUUGUGACAGUUUUAUAAUCCUUUGAUUUUUUUUCCAUUGAGUUUAUUUACAUAGGAUAAGCCUGUUGAGAUCAAGAAUUGUGUUGUCCAGAUCGUUUUGCAAACUUGCCUUACCUUAUUAAACUUCCUGAGUUCUUCUUGUUUCCUUUCUCUUUUCAUCUCUUUAUCCUUCUGUAAUCCUCUCAAUAAUUGUUUUGCUUGCUCUAUACAUAUAAAUUUGUCUAAGCCGAGCUGUGUGCUACCUGGAGUGUUAUAUUCCUAGUUUACAGAUAACAGAUUAAAGCACAUUUCUGAAUGUCUCAUGUUAGGUUCUGUUAAACUGAGACAACGAGCAAAGUACAGAAAGACUUACAGGUAUGCAGCCCCGUGUUCCAAAAGACUGCAUUUAAAUAAACAAACUAGAUGUUCUUCAGAGAUGAAAUUCAAAGAACAGCACAAAAGAAUAAGAUGUGUUCUAUAAUCUCUCUAAAAUGUUCAAACACCAUUACAUUUUAGAAUAUGUGUUUUGUACUCAAAUGAUUUUGUGAAACAUUUCGGAAUGUAUUCAAUAAUGUUUUUUUUUUCCUUUUAUACUCUUAAACUGAAGACCAACUUGAUUAGACUUAGUUUUCAUGAUAUUUACCUAAAACCAACUGUAAUAAUUCAUAUUACCUGUUGCAAUACAGCUCUAAGUGCAGGAGGGGCUUUGCUGGGCAGUCUGUAGCUUUUGUAAAGGAGAUACAGACGAUUUACCUGGGAUGAGGAAAAAUAGAACAUUUCAUGAAGGUGAUUCUUUUGUUUCAGUGGUAAGAGAAACACACGCAGCUACAAAGAGAUUCUGACAGCAUCUUAACCUGAUUCUCAAGAACCCUAUGUCUUUCCCCAGACACGUGAAUACAGGAAAGCCUUCUCUUAUCUAGUUAAACAACGUUUGCCGGGUUGAUUUAUGUGUAAUGACAGAACAUAAACCAGGGAGCGGUUGCAAUUAUAGUAAGACAAAAGAAAAACUGCAGUUUAGAGUAAUCACAGAAGUCCACUGGGAUACAGUAGACAAUUACGCUUAUUCUGCAUUCCAUGUUAACGAUAUUGUUCGCUUAAUUAAUUUUUGUGCUCAAUGGUCUGUAUAUUGGCGAAGCCCAUUAAGGGCAUUUAAAGUUAUUUGGGGAAACUCUCAAAAGGCAAGACAGGGACUCUGUGUAUUGAGCUGGAAAGACAACAGCUGUUGUCGUGCACUUUACCGAGUUUGUAGUCUGAGCACAGGGACGUAUCUUUUGAUCCUUCUGAUCCAACUGGAUAGAAAGGAAUCUGUGCCGUAUAACUCUUCUGCUACUAGUGUAAAUUGGCCUCCCUAGAGACAACAGGGUAAGGGACUUGAAAAUUUGUUGUGAUAUGUUGUGGUUUCUGGUGCUUGUUGUUUACUACAUGUAAACUGUUUUAUUGCUUCUCCUAACAAUAAUUGUUCCAUCCCACACAUAGUACAAUUACAGACUCUCACGAAUUUCAACAUGACAGAAUGUUGCACCAUUAAGCUGUCCUAUUUCUCUCUUCCAUUUUCUGUAAUGAGCUUUCCCCUCAUGUUAGGCACCAUGCCCAAGACACCUUUGGUAGCAUAUGUUCUCAUUUUAAGGGGAUGAACCAUUUCCAGAAACUUGUGCUUCAGAUCCCAGAAAUGGCUUGUUUUAAUUGAUGGGGUAAGACUUUUUUUUAAAGGACCAAAGGGGUAGAAGAACUGUGUUUCAUUAUGUACCGAAGGUGAGUAUUUCCACCUCUAUUUGGUGGAUAGAAUACUAUUCAGCAGCAAUCAAAGAGAUAUAUUAUAGAGUCUUAACAUACCUCUACUCUGUCUCAAGAUGUCCUGGGCACUGUGGAUGUUUCCUAUGUAUAUCUUACCUUGAUUACAGUAAGAAAAAAAAUAUUUUUGGUUGGGAUCAUUUCACCUCAAUGAAUGAAAAAUAUUUAGAAAGAAUAUUCCCCAAUUUCAUGCACUUGUUGCUACAGGGUUAUUGACCACAAUAUUUUUUAUUUAUUUUAUUUUUAUGAACACUUAAACCUCAGUUUCUUACCUAUAUGUACAGUAGUACUGUUGGACCUACACUUGUCUAUCAUUGCUAUUUCAAAACUGUAUGUUAUUUUUAGGAUCUGGACAAGUCUUAACCAUCUGCAAAAACCUGCACAAUUAAUUCGUCAAAAGGAACACACCGCAAAAGCUAGACUUUACUACUCUUCUGUAGAUGUUCUCACUGAGAUUUCUGAAGUGGGAUUUCUUUACAAUGUCUCAUUAUACAGUCUUUAGUCUGGCUCUGGAAACCUUGCAAAGCUACAGACAAAAGUGUUUGACUAAACUUAUGCUGGAGCCUUGCAAUGUUUGCUUUGUUUGUUAGGAAAUUCAGAACACGUUCUGAUGACAUCUGGACAUGCAAUGGUCCCCUUCGUUUUUUUUUUUGUUUGUUAGUUUCAAAAGGCUAACAAAUCAGAUCGUGAGCAUUUGCUGUUUGCAGCGGAUAGGAAAAAGACAGCUGUGAUAACGUCAAUUGAGGUAAACAUACAGUACAUACAGCAUGCGCACUUGUUGUAAUCUUUUGUAGAGGAGAGCUGACUGUGAAAAACAGGUAUUACAUGUGGUCUUAUCUCAUUAUCUUGGAAGUGGAAAAUACAAGUUUUCUCUAAUUGUGCAGGCUUGUCCAAAGCAAAACUGAAAAGGAUGAGCAGCAGUGCUUUGGGCAAAUGUUUAUCUAUAGAGUGACUUAGGUGAUUGUGUUUACUGCAAUGUUUUGAAGUGAAAGGCUAAUGUUUUUCUACAUAUGUGUAAGGUUUCUGUUUAAAAUUUACUUCAUGAUAAGGGUUGAGGUUCACCUGCAUUUUUUUGUUACCACUGCUUUUCAUAGGGGUGUUGCAAGCAAUUUCCACUGGCAGCAUUCGUACCAGCAAUGGUGUAUUUAGUUGAGAGAAGGUGGCAUGGCGCUGUGGGAUUUUUAAUGGGCUGUGCUUGUGUGUGAGUAAGUGCUUUCAGUGGGAGCUACAUUGAUUCACACCUCACCACUGAAUUCCCACUGUGGUGAAAACAAAAUGAUGAGCAGACCAGGGAAAUAAAAAAGAAAAAGACAUGCUGCUUUUCAAACUAAAAAACAGCUGUGAAACAGUGUGGAGUGUCCAACUUUACAUUGUAUCUCUUUCAACAUUAAAUAUUAAAAGGUAUUUUCAAACAGUACUGUAAAUCCACUCUUAUGUUCACCUCAAUCAGAUUCACCCACAUAUUCUACUGUUUCCAUUUAUUUAUUGUGUGUGGUUUGUUUGAUUAAAAAGUCUGAACUGUAGUAUAUAUAUAUAUCACUUACAAAGAUUUUAAAAUAGAGCUGUUUCCCUACCAGCAUUUUAUCUACAAUGUUAUCUGCAAACGAUUUUCGAAAUGAGUGUGAUUAAACAAUACUAUCCAUUUGUGUGAAACAAUGUGCCAUUGCUUUUUCUCAAGUAGGUAAAAACCUAGACCACAAAAUCACAAGCUCACAAACCCAUUUUUGAUUCAAUAAUAGAAAAUGACACAUUUAUGACAGAUGGAAAUGUUCAAGAUAGAAGUAAAGAUCAUAUGAGCAUAAGCAUAAAGAUCAGCAUAAAAAAUUCUUUCUAACAUCUAGCAAAUAUUGCAGAAAAAAUACAUCAACCCUUUAUUGACUUUUUAAAGACAGACACCAACCCCCCCCCCCUCCCGGUCCCCAAGUUCUUCAAAAAUUCAAUGCCUGAUUUUGAAAGAAAAUUAAAACCAAUCUUUUUUU